AUGACAAGACGGGUCUACUUCUUACAACUUACUCUUCCCAUUUUCUUUCUGUGUUUGAAAGCAGUAUUCUCUCAAGACAUUAACGAGUGCAAUGGCCCGCCCUCGGAUAACCACUGUGGACGAGGUACCGUGUGUAUUAACACUGAAGGCUCCCACGUCUGUACGUGCGAGCCCGGAUGUAGAGGGUUGACAAUACAAGAGGGCAAAUACGUCUGCUUUGAUAUGAAUGAGUGUGAACUUGGGAAAGAUAACUGUGGGCUUGGCACGGUAUGUAAUAACACCGCAGGUUCGUUCUUCUGUACCUGUCAGACUGGAUAUGGAUCAAAGACUCUGGUCAACGGCACGUGGCAGUGUUCAGAACUAGAUUCUUGUUUCAUGCCAAAUAACUGUGGGGCCGGAACUAGAUGUAAGAACAGAUUGGGUGGAUCAUACGAUUGUGAGUGUCUGGCAGGAUUCUACAACCUUAAAAUGGAGGGCACUCAGUACACUUGUGAUAUCGACGAAUGCUUGUCUAGUAGGGCGAACACCUGUGGGCCGGGGACGUUCUGUGAGAAUACCCAGGGCUCUUACAAGUGCAAAUGUCUGUCUGGUUUCAGAAGUCUUACCAAGUCGUCAACAAAUCAGUAUUUGUGUAGUGACAUUAAUGACUGCCAAGGAGUGUUAAACAACUGUGGUGCCGGCACGAAAUGUACCAACGCCGUGGGUUCAUUCAACUGCCAGUGUUUACCGGGAUAUGUGGGUAAACGAUUGGUGAAUGGACGAUGGACAUGCUCAGAUGUAAAUGAGUGUUUGACUCCUGGGAACACCAUAUGUGGGUCGGGCACGGAAUGUGCCAAUCAAGAAGGGAACUACACUUGUAACUGUAAGACAGGUUUCACUGCCCGGUCAUUGCGGGCUGGGACUUAUAUCUGCACAGAUGUGGAUGAGUGCCGCCAGGGCAGAUCCCCAUGCGAAGCAGGACGGACGUGUCGGAACACACCCGGAUCAUUUACCUGUUCCUGUGCCCCGGGCUACACUAGCAGUAAUAUGCCCAAUGGACCGUGUGUGGAUCUUGACGAGUGUUCCAUUCCCGACACAAACCAGUGCCCCAUUGGAACCGUUUGCCAGAACACGGUCGGGUCCUACCAGUGUGCAUGCGCUAAAGGGUAUCGAAAGGCCCAGUCUCCACGAGGCACAUUUUCUUGUGUCGACGUAGAUGAAUGCGGCACAGGUGUACAUAACUGCGGAGAGGGUACCACGUGUCAGAACAGUAUCGGGUCGUUCGGCUGCUACUGUCCGGAUGGUACACUUAGUCGGGAGAAGAGUGGUCGCUUCUGGGUGUGUCCCACCAGUACAGGUCUGAACCUGUGUGACACCCGGGGAAGCUCUGUGUGUGGGGCGGGCACCGCCUGUGAGGUUGUGAGUGGUAACAUUUCCUGUACCUGUCUGCCAGGAUUCUCAAACAUCCGCGUUUUGAACGGGGUCAACACCUGCACAGGUACAGUACACACAUAA